GUUUUUUUGUUUCCUACUUUUUUAGUUUAAAACUUUGACUUUCACUGUAGCAUUGGCGUGACAAAGUCAAGGGUGGAGAAAAGAUCGACCUUCGCCCUCGUGAGGUGGUGGACAUGGCGGUGCUGUUCAGCAAUCAUCAACAAAUAAAAUAGGAAAAUGGAUAGGGGCAAGUCACAAGUGCAUCUGCUACUCCGCUAGAUAGUUUUGAUAUCUAUAGGUAAUUAGCUUGAAUAAACGCAGAUAGAGGACAGGAACGUGGCAGCCAUGGCGGUUGACUUCUGUCCCCCUUCUGCUGUUGGAUUGACACGUUUCUCGCUCCGGAUCUUUUUUGUAUCCCUCUCUUCACUGUAUAUGGCGGGCUUCGCUCUCCGUUUCCACUCCCAGCAAGACCUCAUCUUUGAUUCGCCCAUUUCAACGCCAUCGGAGCCUAGUAACAUAACCAUGAUGAGACCUUUUAAAAAACUAUGGGAAAGAUUUCAAGAGAGAAUUGUGGUUCAAUCCUGUAAACUUUUUGUUGAGGACAGCAAGAGCUAUGGCAAAUGUUUAGAGGAAGCUACGCAACUUAGAUGCACAUUUAAGAUGGUAGAUGCCCACUUCUUCAAUGGUACAAAGGUGGUGGAGGUUGCAAAGGAUGCGGUAGAGUUUAAUUUGCCUAUCAUCAGAUCCAACAGAAGAUUAGUUGCAUCUGAGAAUGGGGGACUGCAUAACCCAUCUUGUUUAGUUUUUAAUCCGGAGUGGACUCAUAAGCAUGUGGACAAUACAAGCAAAAGAUUUCAGUAUCCUGCUCUCCCUGGCAUCCGGAGGCCAAAAAGUGAAGAAGAUAUUGCCUUCAUGAGUAUACUUGAAUUAGGAGAACUCAUUAGGACAAACCAAAUUACAUCUCAUGAGCUCGUGCAAAUUUUUCUGCAGAGAUUAAAAAGGUACAAUCCUGUUCUUGAAGCUGUUAUAACGUCUACUGAUGAAUUAGCAUAUAAGCAAGCAAAGGAAGCUGACGAAUUGAUUGCCAAAGGAGUCUAUUUGGGACCUCUCCAUGGGAUUCCUUAUGGACUGAAGGAUAUUAUAGCAGUACCUGGAUACAAGACAACAUGGGGUUCAAGAAGUUUCAAAGAUCAAGUUCUUGACAUUGAAGCUUGGGUGUAUAAGAGGUUGAGGUCUGCUGGAGCAGUUCUUGUAGCAAAGCUUGUUUCUGGGUCACUAGCUUAUGAUGACAUUUGGUUUGGGGGUAGAACAAGAAAUCCCUGGAACAUUGAGGAAUUUUCAACUGGUUCAUCAGCAGGACCAGCUGCCAGCACUUCAGCUGGUUUGGUUCCAUUUGCAAUUGGUUCAGAAACAGCUGGCUCAAUCACAUUCCCUGCAUCUCGUUGUGGUGUAACAGCUCUGCGUCCAACUUUUGGUACUGUUGGUCGAACUGGUGUAAUGAGCAUAUCAGAAAGCUUGGAUAAGCUUGGUCCUUUCUGCAGAAGUGCUGCCGAUUGUUCGGUUGUUCUUGAUGCUAUUCGGGGGAAGGAUCCUGAUGAUCUCUCGUCAAGAGAUAUUCCUUUUCGCGAUCCAUUUUCCAUUGACAUUAGAAAGCUUACAGUUGGAUACAUGGAUGAUGCUGAAAUGGAGGUUGUUCAUGUGCUCAAGGCAAAAGGUGUUAAUAUGGUUCCUUUCAAACUGAAUUACACUGUUGACUCUGUCCAAGGCAUAUUAAAUUUCACCAUGGAUGUUGAAAUGUUGGCUCACUUUGAUGAAUGGCAACGCACUGGCCAGGAUGAUAUUUAUGAAGCUCAAGAUCAAUGGCCCACCGAGUUGCGUCGUUCACGUGUAAUUUCAGCAGUUGAUUAUGUGCAGGCACAAAGGGCACGGAGAAAAUUAAUUGAGGAAGUAAAAAAGAGUUUCACAGUCGACGCAUUCAUUGGCAAUGCAACUGACUGGGAAAAAGUUUGCUUGGGGAAUCUUGUCGGGCUGCCUGUAAUUGUUAUUCCAACUGGACUUAAAAAUAUCUCGAAUCCACCUUCAAAGGGAACUCGGAGGAGAACCACUAUAAACACUGGAAUUUACGCUCGUCCUGACCAUGAUCACAUUGCUCUGGCGUUAGCAAUAGCUUACCAGUCGGUCACUGAUCACCAUAAGCAGCGGCCACCAAUUGACGAUCUUGGGCCAAAUGACAAGAUACCUGAUCCGCCUACAGUGGUUAUCCCUCCCAGAAGGUUGCAUCCAUGAAGUUAUCAAAUCCCAACUUUUGUAUUGUGAAGUUCACGUGAAAUAAAGAAUUCCUAUAGAAUGUGAUGUGAGCACACUUAAACUUGGCAUACCAAAAUUAUCAGUAAAGGGUACUUGAUUUCUUGUUAUGACUUGAUGCUGUCCUACCAGAUCUAGGUUAGAGGUCCGACCAGACCCUAGGUUUAGGGUUUGGUCCAGAUCGGAUUUGAGAGUUAUGUUGUUUGAUUGAAGUGGAGGUUUGGAUCUAGAUUUUGAAUUUCUGUUAACAGAUUCAAUUGGGACUUCCUACCCUAAUAGCAAAUUUGGUAUGUAUCAUGAAUGUUAUCUGUA